AUAUGGUUUCGGGUCUUCCAAUUUGAGAGCGUGUGCCGAUCUGCUGCCUGAAGUCACUCCAAUUCAGGGAUGGAUCAUUCACAGCCAGGUAGUAGACAGCGGAGAGCAAUGAGAGUCUCCGAGAGAGGAACACGAUGGAGCGCGGGCUUCUUCCAAUGCAGGCCACGACGAUCAACCAUUCGCGCACGAUGAGCAGCUCUGCCUCUUUUCCCGUCCAACGAAGCCCGCCCCAGUCCUCGCAUGCCGUCUCUAUCUCUCCUGCUGGUGCUUCCAGCUCUGCACUGUCCUCUGCGUUUGGGCCGCUUGUAACGUACCCACACACUCAUCCUAGCCCUGUCAAUUCCGGUGGGCAGAUCCAGAGUACGCCCUCUUCUGCAGGUAGCAAAGGCUCCGCUUUCGGUGGUAGCAGUUCUGGCGGUGCGAAUGCGAAUGCGGCUCCUCAGACGACCCAAUCUCAAAAUCAUUCCCAGCACCCAGCCGUCACCAACCUCAGCACUCAACCGCAACUCAUCCAGCCUGGUCCUCCCAUUGUACCCCAACCUAUCUUCGAGUUUACGAAGCGGAAACGAUGGGCGGACUUGCUCGUUACUCAGCUGACCGAGGCUAUCGUGCUUGUGCUCUCCCCUUCGGCUGAGGUGCUUUAUUGUGGGAAUGCGGUUUGGGGGUUGUUGGGUUGGCAGGAUCAUGAACUUGUUGACAAGUCGUUUUUGGAUUUCAUGAACCUGACUGGUGAAUAUUUGAAUGGUUCAGUGGACGAUCGAAAGACGUUUGAGAGAUUGUUUACGGAAUCCGUCUUUAAUAGGUCAGAGUUGACGUCUUAUACACGGCUACAGUAUAAACCUACCAGGAACGCGGGCUCGGCCUCUAUGGCACUCGCUAGUACUGCUGCCAACCUUGUUGGAACUACUGGUCAACUCCUGUCGCACACUCCACUAGUGCCCUAUCAGCAACAUGCCCAAGGACAACAGUACUCACACCAGUCGUCUGGACAGUAUCAGCAGAAUUCUCCUCCACAAUAUAGACCACAAUCGAGCGGCGGUCGGUUUGGAUAUCAGUCACAUCAUGAUCAGCCCACUGCGUCGCGGAGAUCUACACAACAAUCUGCGGGUGAAUUGGAGGGGAGAAAGGAAGUCUUGUUUGAGAUCAUUGGGUCUCCGUAUUUCUUGCCUUUGCAUGAUACUUUCAAGUGUUUCUUUGCGGUUGCGAAACCGUAUCCGAGUCGGAAUACAGCCAUAUUGAACACCUUUCUGGAAUUGAAACUCGAGAACGAACGUCUUCAUGAACGGCUCGCCCAACUCAAGAUCGCUCGCGAGAAACUCGGACCUAACACAUCCAAUACAUCCAAAUCCUCUCAUUCCCAAUCAGGCGUAGCAUCCAACACGUCCUCCGCUUCAGCUUCAGCUUCUACUUCUACUUCUCUUCCGAUCGUUGGCCCGCUUUCCCUCACCAGUAACAACGCCAACCUCACACAUAAUCAACCUCAAAUCCCGGCAGCGACGUCAUUCUUCAGUGGGACCUAUGACGAAUUGAUGUCUUUACCUGGUCAGAAUGCUCAGGGAUUCGUUCGAGGCCCAGGGAAUAGUAGUACUGGUGCAACAACUACAGGUGUAGAGAGAGUGGGAGGAGGAGGGUUCCAGUUUGAUAACAUCUUUGAUGUUGAGGGAGGUUUGAGUGCAGGUGUAGGUUCUAGCUCUAAUCUGAUUACGGGUACGAGUACGGGUAUGGGGUCUUCUGGUUCUGGUGGGCAAGGACAGGGACAGGGACAGGGACAGGGACAAGGUGCGACUGUGCAUAUACCUUCGUCGGGCUCGGGCUCUGGAGGUACGACUCGUAUGGGGAACGGAGGAGAGGAUGAGGAUGAAGCUGCGCAUAAGAAGGCUAGGAAGGUGUAUAUGCCUGAGCAGUAUGUGUGUAUGACUUGCGGGAGGACGGAUUCACCUGAAUGGCGCAAGGGCCCGUCGGGACCCAAGACUCUUUGCAAUGCUUGCGGCUUGCGGUGGGCGAAACGCGAGAAGGAGAAGAGAGCUGCUAAUAUGGCUUCUGCGCCGAAACCUAACUUGUCGAAACUUCAGAAAAGUGGUGGGGCUGGUGCCGGUGGAAGUGGGAGUGGUGCCAAGUCUUGAAGAUGAUACUUGUGCAAUGAUCCCGAGGGAUGAUGAAGCGUACAUGGGUUGUACAAGGGAUAUGUGCGUUGGUAGUUCUCUUAUAUUGUACUUGUAAUGCCAUUGGCAUAUUACGUUGUAUCCGUUGAAGGGAAGAAAGAAACUUUCUUGGUUGUAAUAUAUGCCUUCGGAAUGUAUGUGUACACGUCCCAUCCAUUAUCAUCGAGAUUACUCCUACGUC